AUGGGGGCUUGGAGGAGUAGUGGGGACGCAAGCGCUACGUGGACCACGAAUGCGCAAUGCAUUAGGGAAGCCGCAAGAGAGGUAUUAGGGGUCUCAAAGGGUUACUCUGAUGGUCACAAGAGAGACUGGUGGUGUAAUGGAGAGGUGCAAGGAAAAGCGAAAACUAAGAAAACAACGUAUUUGAAGCUAGUGGAAAGUGUAGGCGAGGAGGAGAAGAGGGAGAAUAGGGAGCAUUAUAAGUUGGCUAAGAAAGAGACAAAGCUAGCAGUUACGGCGGCCAAAACUGUAGCUUUUAAUCGUUUGUAUGAAGAACUCAAGGGCCGAUAUGGGGAUAAGAGGUUGUUCAGGUUAGCCAAGGCACGGGAAAGGAAGGUGCGUGACUUAGACCAAGUGAAGUGCAUCAAGGAAGAAGAAGGAAGAGUUUUGUUGGAUGAGGGGCUUAUCCGUUGGAGAUGGCAGACCUACUUCCAUAGUAUCUUGAACAAGGAAGGGGACAAGAGCAUUGUACUGGGUGAUUUGGAACUCUCCGGGAGUCGCUAUAACUUUGGGUAUUGUAGGCGGAUUAGAGUUGAUGAAAUUGAGGGGGUUAUGCGAAAGAUGAGCAGGGGCAAAGCGACAGGGCCGGAUAAAAUCCCCGUGGAGUUUCGGAAGAGUGCGGGCAAGGCAGUCUGGGAGAGAGUGGUAGAGCUUAGAGUGAGGAAGAGUGUGUCUAUUUCCGAGAACCAGUUUGGAUUUAUGCCGGGGUGUUCGAUUACAGAAGCCAUCCACCUUGUUAGGAGAUUGACGGAGCAAUAUAGGGAGAGAAAGAAUGACUUGCAUAUGGUGUUCAUCGACUUAGAAAAGGCGUAUGAUAACGUUCCGAGGAGAUUUUAUGGAGAUGUUUGGAGGCUAGAGGUUUACAUGUUGCCUACUUUAGGUUGA